CUGUAAACAGUUUGUCCAACUUCGCGUGACUGUUGUUGUUUUACAUAUUAUAUGAUUUUGUACAUUCACUUCAUAUAAAAGCAAGGCUUCUUUCUACUUUCAAACGCCAUCUCAAUUCAUGGUCCUAAAAAUUUGAAACAAAUUUUUCCUGCCUCCAAAGAACCUUCUUUGUCAAACUUCAUACUUCAAUCAUGGCUCCUUCAAUAGCUCAGGAUGCCAUAGGAUCUUGUACAAGAGUGACAGAGCCUCUCGACGCAUUCCGCAGACUCGUCUCAGACCUGUCCAGAAUCCUCGGACCUUCAUCAGGUCUUAAUUCCGAAGACGUCGAUGUGCAGAAGCUACAAAUACUCAUGGAAGAAUAUAUCUCAAACGAGAAAGACUGGGCCAAGUACGCUUUCCCUGACUUCAGUCGCGGUUACACGCGGAACUUAGUCGAUGAGGGCAAUGGGAAGAGUAACCUCCUCGUUCUUGUAUGGUCCCCAGGGAAGGGUAGCCCAGUACAUGAUCAUGCUGAUGCACACUGCUUAAUGAAAGUCCUCAAGGGCACUCUCAAAGAGACCCGAUUUGACUUCCCAAGAAACAAUGCCACGCCACCUGCAAUUAUUAAAGAGACAGUUUACCGAGACGGCCAAGUCACCUACAUGGCUGAUGAACUUGGAUUGCACAAGAUCUCGAACCCCGAUCCUGUGAACGUUGCUGUGAGCUUGCAUCUCUACACGCCACCUAAUGCAGCACGAUUUGGAUGCAACAUUUUCAAUGAGCAGACUGGAAAGAGGUCGCAUAUCACGCAAAGCAAUUUCUUCUCUAUGUUUGGACGGAAGGUAGAAUCAGAAUCAUAGAAUUUCGAUGAUCAGGAAAAACAGCUAGCUCAAUUUAACGAAUCUUAGGAUAUCACUACGUUUUAGAUUAGAUUUGGGCAUGCUGAAAUCGGCAUUACAUGGGAAAGGCGUUCGGGAUACGAUAGAGGCGCGAGCCAAUCUUGU